CUAGCCUUAGCUGGCUAACUUACCCUAGCUCCCCGAAAGGUUGGAGAAUGAAAGGAGUGGCACAGUACGAAUAGUCCCUGAGUUCAUAGCGAACAUGGCAGCACAAGACGAGCUCAACCAGCUGGAACGUGUGUUCCUGCGGUUGGGCCUUGCUGAGACAGAUGAUCAGCUGCAGGACAUCAUAUCAAAGUUCUUGCCGCCUGUGCUCCUCAAAUUGUCGAGCGUCCAGGAGGGCGUCCGGAAAAAGGUGAUGGAGCUAUUAGUCCACCUGAACAAACGUAUCAAAAGUCGGCCAAAGAUCCAGUUGCCGGUAGAGACCCUGCUAGUGCAGUACCAGGACCCUGCUGCAGCCUCCUUUGUCACCAACUUCACCAUCAUCUACAUCAAGAUGGGCUACCCACGGCUAGAGACUAGCAAGCAGUGUGAACUGGCCCCCACCCUGCUGACGGCCAUGGAGGGCAAGCCACAGCCACAGCAGGACAGCCUGAUGCACCUGUUGAUCCCUACACUCUUCCACAUGAAGUACCGAUCAGACCCCAUGAAGCCCUCGCCCUUCCUGCUGUCAGAGAAGCCAAAACAAGCCCACCUGCUCCUGGAGUUCAUGCUGGACGUCCUCCUCAUGCCCUAUGGGUUUGUGUUAAACGAGCCCCCGUCCCGUCCAUCUCCUCCCUCCCCCCAGAGUGGGGGCGGUGCGGGCCCAGCGGGCGGUGCAGCAGGUGGGCAGGGUCUGCCCCAGCCGCCCCCUGGCAUGAGCGUGUACGCUGUGAAGCGGGUGAUCGGCGAGGCCCAGUGGAGCCCUGAGCAGCUGGAACAGUGUAAGCUGGGAAUUGUGAAAUUCAUUGAAGCUGGACAGGUGUGUGAAGUCGAGACGGUGAUUCAUCUGGUCGUCGCCUCCAGUGACACUAGACACAGCGUUGCCACGGCAGCAGACCUGGAGCUUAAGAGCAAGCAGAGCAUCAUUGAUUGGAACAAUCCAGUCAUCGUCAACAGGAUGUAUAAAGUGUACUUGGGAGACAUUCCACUCAAGACCAAGGGAACAUCUAUGAAGCGUGAGCUGAAGCAUGAGCCAGUGAGCACCCGCGUGAAGCUGAAGAUUCUGCCCCAUCUCCUGCGCUCACGCCUGGCAGCCGAGAGCUUUCCUGCCAACAUCCAGGUGGUGUAUGACGGCCUGUUUGGAGCAAACACUAAUAAUAAACUGCUGUCUCUCACCCUGCAGUUUGUGCAUCACAUCUGCAUGGUAUGUCCUGAUACUAAUAAGCCUCUCGGUCUGAUGCUGCUGAAUGGCCUCACUAAGCUCAUUAAUGAGUACAAGGAGGAUCCCAAGUUGUUGUGUGUGGCAUAUUCAGCUGUUGGGAAGCUCUCAAGUCGAAUGCCCCAGCUCUUCACGAAAGACAUUGCUCUGGUGCAACAGUUCUUUGAGUCGAUGUGUAAGGAAGAGGCCGAUGUGCGCCUUGCCAUCCAGGAAGCACUGUCUAUGAUGGUGGCAGCCUACGCCAACCUUCAGGGAGCACUGCUCAAUCUGAUGGAGGCUCUGGUGGCCGCCUACAUAUGCAAGCCGGAGGUGCAGGUCAGACAGGUCGCCAUGAAGUUUGCCAGCACAGUGUUCGCCACGGACCACGUGCCCUCCAGAUACCUGCUGCUGCUGGCCGCAGGAGACCCGCGUGAGGAGGUGCAUGGGGAGGCGCAGCGUGUCUUGCGUGCUCUCCCCUCUGAGCGCUCGGAGAAGGAGGGGGCCAAACCCCCCCACACACACAUAAUCCACAGGUAAUACAGACUUUGUUUCAGACUAUACGAGUAGACAUCUCAUAUGUGCUUAUCUGCCUAUCAGGCUGCACAGAGAAUGAAAACUCCCGACAAGUACAUUGUUGGAACUACAGCCCUGCCCUUCAACCCCUCAGCAUUUGAAGAGAUCAUGAUGUAUCUGCGCAUGUGUUUGGCUCACAGCGCUGGGGUCACGCCCACCUCCCAGAACCUGAUGGACAUGCAGGACGACGCUCCUGCCAUCGGCCGCUAUGUCCAGUCCCUGAUCUCGGCCGAGUCCUCUCCCAAAGGGGACGAGUCCAACCCUGUGCAGGUCUACAUGGACCUGCUGCAGCAGCUGCUGACAGCUGUGGGAGGCAUACCUGUGAUGUACUGUCUCCUGGAGGUUGUGUCUGUGUGCCCUCACAAACUCGCCCCCAAAUUCAUUGACAGAAUCGACUGGAUCCGGGGUAUGAUGAACAGCAGCAAGGAGGACAUGCGUGAGCUGGCUGCUCAGCUGUACGCUGUGGUCAUCUCCACCAUGUCAGGCAACGAGCUCAAGAAUGCUGUCCAGAACCUGGUCAAGAUUACCAAGGAUACACACAGCCCAGAGGCCCAGCAUGCGGCCAUCUUGGCUCUUGGCUUUAUGGUGGGCCGCUACAUGAGCAGGAAGCGCAGCCCUCGCUCUGCCAACACGCCCAAUCAGCAGCAGUUCAUGAAUGCCACACCUGCCGAGGACGAUGAGCUCAUCGCCAGGGCCACCAAGACCAUCGGUUCCUUCCUGGACAACGGCUGUCCGCUGCUGGCGGUGGCGGCGGUGACGGCCCUGGGGGAGGUGGGCCGCAACGGGCUGCUGCUGAUCCCUGUGGAGGGGGAGGGCUUCACCAAGCUCAGCCUGGUGGAGAACCUGCUGGCGCGCCUGCCCUCUGGCAAGGAGACCACCAAGAUGAAGGAGCGUGCAGUGCUGACUCUGGGCUAUUUGCCAGUGGGAGAUGGAGACUUCCCCCACCAAAAGAAGUUGCUGCAAGGCCUCAUGGACUCAGUGGAGGCAAAGCAGGUGGAGUUACAGUUUACAGUAGCAGAGGCCAUCACUAGUGCUGCCAUAGGAACCAGCUCCGGGGCCGCCCGGGACGCCUGGACCUGCACAGAGGAGGAGUAUCAGCCACCCAACUAUGUGAAGUGUAAUGAUGUGGUCCCAUGGGUCCUGUCCUCCAUCCUGGCCAAGUCUGUGAUCAGUGCCAACCCACAUGUGCGCCAGGCGGCCUGCAUCUGGCUGCUGUCGCUGGUCAAGAGGCUCAGCCAACACAAAGAGAUCAAGUCUCACCUGAAGGACAUCCAGACGGCCUUCAUCUCUGUGCUGUCAGACCCUGAUGAUCUGAGUCAGGAUGUGGCCUCUAAGGGCCUUGGGCUUGUGUACGAACUUGGUGGAGAACAGGAUCAGCAGGAGCUGGUGUCCACACUGGUGGAGACGCUGAUGACCGGGAAGAGAGCCAAGCAUGCCGUUUCUGAGGACACAGAGGUCUUCCAGGGAGAGUCUCUGGGAAAGGCACCAGAUGGGCAUGGCCUCACCACCUAUAAGGAGCUGUGCUCUCUGGCCAGUGAUCUGAACCAGCCUGACCUGGUCUACAAGUUCAUGAACCUGGCCAAUCACCACGCCAUGUGGAACUCCAGAAAGGGUGCCGCGUUUGGCUUCAACAUCAUCGCCGCCAAAGCGGGCGAGCAGCUGGCGCCCUACCUGCCCCAGCUAGUGCCGCGCCUCUACAGGUACCAGUUUGACCCCAACCUGGGCAUCCGCCAGGCCAUGACCAGCAUCUGGGACGCGCUCGUCACCGACAAGCACACCGUGGAUAAGUAUGUGAAGGAGAUUCUCCAGGAUGUCAUCUCAAACCUCACCAGUAACCUGUGGAGAGUACGAGAGUCCAGCUGUCUGGCUCUGAAUGACCUGGUCCGUGGGCGGCAGGCAGAGGACCUCAUAGAGUACAUGGCAGAGAUUUGGGAGACCCUCUUCAGGGUCCUGGAUGACAUUAAAGAGUCUGUGCGGAAGGCCGCUGAUUUAGCUUUAAAAACCCUCAGUAAGGUGUGUGUGCGUGUGUGUGAGUCAUCUGGAGCAGUGGCUCAGAGAACUGUAGCAGUGCUGCUGCCCACCCUGCUGGAGAAGGGCAUCGUUAGCAACGUGGCCGAGGUGCGCGCGCUCAGUAUCCAGACGCUGGUGAAGGUCAGUAAGACGGCGGGGAGCCGUCUGAAGCCGCACGCGGCGCGUGUGAUCCCGGCUCUGCUGGAGGCUCUGAGUGUGCUGGAGCCACAGGUGCUCAACUACCUCAGCCUCAGGGCCACUGAGCAAGAGAAGAGUGCCAUGGAUGCAGCUAGACUGAGUGCAGCCAAAUCUUCCCCCAUGAUGGAAACGGUCAACAUGUGCUUGCAGCAUUUAGAUGCGCCUGUGCUGGGGGAGCUGGUCCCUAAGCUGUGUGACCUGCUGAAGAGUGGAGUGGGCCUGGGCACUAAGGGAGGCUGUGCCAGUGUUAUAAUGUCUCUGACUGUCCAGUGCCCCCAGGACCUCUCCCCCUACUCUGGUAAGCUGAUGGCUGCUCUGUUGAAUGGGAUUCAUGACCGGAGUAGUGUGGUACAGAAGGCCUUUGCUUGUGCUAUCGGACACUUGGUCAGGACAGCAAAGGACAGCAGCAUAGAGAAACUCCUGCAGAAGCUGAACACCUGGUACCUGGAGAAGGAAGAGGCCGUGUAUAAGUCAUCGUGCUGCCUGACGGUUCACUCCAUCAGCCACUACAGUCCAGACGUGCUGAAGCGUCACGCUGGCCUGGCUCUGCCGCUGGCCUUCCUGGGCAUGCACCAGGUGGCAGAGGAGGAGCAGACGGAGAGCAGCACCACCCACGCCAGCCUGUGGGGAGAGGUGUGGCAGGACCACGUGCCAGGUAGUUUUGGAGGCAUCAGGCUGUACAUGACGGAGCUCAUAGCCAUCACCCAAAAGGCCUUACAGUCGCAGUCGUGGAAGAUGAAGGCACAGGGGGCAGCUGCCAUGGCAACAGUUGCCAAGCAGCAGACUGGCUCGUUGGUCCCACCCCACCUGGGCAUGAUCCUGUGCGCUCUGAUGCAAGGGCUAGCUGGACGCACCUGGGCUGGGAAAGAGGAGCUGCUGAAGGCCAUCGCCUCAGUAGUGACCAAGUGCAGUGGUGAGCUCCAGAAGCCUGUGGCAGGCCAGCCGACCGUGACUGAGGUGGUGGAGUGUGUGCUGCGUGAGUGUCGUAAGGAGAGCCUGGUCUACAAGAUCGCAGCCCUGCGCGCUGCUGGAGAAAUCAUGGAGGCCACAGAGACUGACCGCUUCACUGAGCUGAGCCAGGUGCUCUUCCCCAUCAUCAAAAAGUAUCGUCCAGCGGGCGCAGGAUCUCGGAGGAAAGCCGCCCAGGAUGACGACGAUGACGAUGAUGAUGAUGACGAUGAUGACGAGAAGAAGCGAGAGCUGCGCAUGGAGGCGGUGCUGUGUGCGUUCGAGACCCUGGGCAGAGCCUGGCCCAGAAACCCUCAGACGCAGGGCCAGUACCAGGUGGAGGUGUGUGCACUGAUGUGUGAGAGGCUGAAACUCAGCACCUGGAAGGUGCAGUUAGGAGUCCUGCAGACCAUGAAGGCCUUCUUUAAAGGUUUAUUGUUGUUGGAGAAGGAACAUCAAAACUUUACUGUCCUGUCUCAGAUGUUGUCUGAGACAUCAACAGCACUUUCCUAUCCCCUCGAAAACAAGAGUUACUCCUCGGUGAGGUCUGAGGCCUUGACUGUUGUGGAACUGCUUGUUAAAAAGAUCACAGAGAGUGGUCAGUGGGAGUGUAUGUCAGAGAAGAGUCGUGGCCAGCUGCAGCGCUCACUGGCUACCAUGGAGAUGGACAGUCGUCCCGAGUUACGGGACAAAGCACAGGAGCUUCGUCGGAAUAUCCAGGGCCAGACCUGAAUUCUGGAAGCUUCUCCACCGCCAGCACACGCUCCCUGAGCUGCUCAUGAAAUCCCCGAGGGCCAUCGCUGCACAAACGCACAUACUGACACGCAAACACAAACACAAACACACACACACACACACACACACACACACACACACACACACACACACACACACACACACACACACACACACACACACACACACACACCCAAGGACACACACCUACUUCCCACACCUCUUCUCCCUUACCAUCUUUCCUCAAAUGUGAUCAAAAGCAUUUUCAACUCAAAACACAAGAUAAUCCAUCCCAUCCUCUGUUGUAGUCCUUCUUGCCUCUUUUGCCCAGAAACCGUAUUGGACAUUAUGAACUGCCCAAGUCAGUGGGCUCACUGGCUGUUCCCCGUUUGUGGUUUGCAGUGGUCUAAAACGGCUCCAAUUUGUUAGCCCUCUUAACCCUGUGUGAAAGAACAUGUGUUUCUUUAAAGACAGGGCAACUAUAUUUGUAUUAUUAAUGAAUUAUUGUCAUUAUUAUUAUUAAUCUUAUUGAUGUUGGGCAAAGGCUCAGAAGGUUUAACCUGAUUGGACGUGUGUGUGUGAGUUUUAUGGACUGUGAGACCCAAGCUCAGUUGGAGGGGGAGCUGGGAGCUCUGGUCUGUGUGUUGGCUGGCCCUAGUGCCACCUGCAGUGACCUCUACUGCUGCUGCAUAACACUGCAGAAAAGAGAGAGGAGUGGCAGGACAAGCUGUUGUCCGAAGGGACACCAAUUCAAAGGGACUGAAAGCGUUUUAGAGAGGCCUUUAUACUGAGCUGACAAUACACUGGACUUCACACGUAGUUUAUUUCAAAACCUUCAUGAAGUGGCUGUUUGUAAGCAGCUAUUAUUGAUGAGGCUGUAUUGUAACAGUGUGGGGGGUAGUCAGAUUAAUGAAGGUAGUCAAUAUCAAGGAUGGGGAAUGUUUUGAAUUGAACAGAUGCUUUUGAUGUACUGAAGAGCUUGGCGUGGCAUUUGAACAGGUAAUCUCAUGUUUGCAUGGCUCCAGGUGUGAAAUCUAUUUUCAAAAAAAGUGUAAUGAAUAGGUUCUACUGAAGAUCUGGUGGUAGGCAUGCACGUUUGGGUUUUGCCCAGAUAUAAAUUGUUCCUUAAAAUGAAAAGAAUAAAACUCUUCAUUGUGAAA